CCACCAGAGCGCUGCUCCACCGCGCCCAAUUGGCUCUAAGUGCCACGCUCAUUGGUUGUGCAGUUUGGAGGUGAAUCCCAUAGCUGAGUACUUCCGCUGCAGGCCGGCUGGAGCGGCCCACCUCUUCCGCUGUUGCCCCAGGUUCCUGGCCCCAGUCCCAGCCCCGGCUCUUAUCGUCCCUACCCUGUUUCUGAGUGGCCGCCGAGCGCACGCGUUCAGGAUCCACAGGGACCCACGAGCUCCGCCGCCGCCGUGAUGAACAUCCGCAAUGCUAGGCCCGAGGACCUGAUGAACAUGCAGCACUGCAACCUUCUGUGUCUGCCUGAGAACUACCAGAUGAAGUAUUAUUUCUAUCAUGGCCUCUCUUGGCCCCAGCUUUCUUACAUUGCUGAGGAUGAGAAUGGGAAGAUUGUGGGAUACGUCUUGGCUAAAAUGGAAGAGGACCCAGACGAUGUGCCUCAUGGACAUAUCACCUCACUGGCUGUGAAACGUUCCCACCGGCGCCUUGGCCUGGCUCAGAAGCUGAUGGACCAGGCCUCUCGAGCUAUGAUAGAAAACUUCAAUGCCAAAUAUGUCUCCCUGCAUGUCAGGAAGAGUAACCGAGCUGCCCUACAUCUCUAUUCCAAUACCCUCAACUUUCAGAUCAGCGAAGUGGAGCCCAAAUACUAUGCAGAUGGGGAAGAUGCAUAUGCAAUGAAGCGGGACCUCACGCAGAUGGCUGAUGAGCUGAGGCGGCACCUGGAGCUGAAGGAAAAGGGCAGGCACAUGGUGCUGUCGGCCAUGGAGAACAAGAUGGAGAACAAAGGCAACGUGCUUCUGAGCUCAGGAGAGGCCUGUCGUGAGGAGAAGGGCCUGACUGCUGAGGAUAGUGGUGGGGACAGCAAGGACCUCAGUGAGGUCAGUGAGACCACAGAAAGCACAGAUGUCAAAGACAGCUCAGAGGCCUCUGAUUCUGCCUCCUAGAACCUGCCCUACCCGGUCCCAACCUCACCCCAUGUGCUUUUUACAAUAAAUGUCACCCAGUGGCCUUGGGAAAUUUGUGAAUGUG